GAGCUGGAGGGUUACACUUAUCCAAAAACGUAUUUUCAGAUGGGCCCCGUCUCCCAGGGUUUACUCCCCCAGGCUCGCCGACUGACUUGAUUUGGUUGCUGCGAAAACAUCGAGUCCGUUUGGGUCCCUACAAAAGGUUUUUCCUCCAGGUUUCCUUCAAGCACAGCGGACGGGGACCAACUCCAGUAGGAUGGCAUCCAUUCCAGCAGGCGGUUCUCUCGUGGCGACCACUGACUACUACCGAAGGCGCAUUGGUUCUACAUCCAGUAGCAGCUCUUGUGGCAGUUCGGAGUACAGUGGAGAGGUCAUCCCUCAGCAUCCAGGACUCCCCAAGCAGGACUCUGGACAUUGGUGGUCCAGUUUCUUCUUUGGGAAGCAGCCAGGCAUGACCCCAGUGACCGAGGAGGCACAGCAGAAGGCAGCUGUCCAAGGUGCAGUGACAAAUGGUCAGAUCACCUGCGUUGCAAAGGAGAUGGUGAUGCAACACCAAGUGAGUGAGAGCAGUGGUGCAGGAAGCCCCUCAUGAUCCUGCAGUCUCACCUCAGAUGGGAUUGAACCAACGCCAUGUGACAGGAGGAUGUCCUGUUUACAACCGUAUUAGUUAAAACACAUAUUUGUUGUAGUUCUAGGGCUGCCUUACUCGUUUUUGUUUGUAACCUUUUUUUUUUAUUAAAAAAAAUUAAAAUAUAUACAAAAAACGUAAUGAAGAUGCAACUGAUUAACUCCUGUGUUUGUUUUUUAACAUUUGUAAUGUUUUUGUAAUACUGUGUUGCAUUCACGCUUGUGCAUACACAUCAACAUGCCUUUGUAAAAUAUUUUUCACUUUUGUCACCCUGUGAUUCCAGAAAUAAAGUAGACUCUUUCAGCCUAA